AUGAGCUUCACCAAGAUGCGUGUAAUCGAGCUUUCUCAGUUACUUCUCAAUGCAAGAGUGCUGAAUGAGUUGGAGUGCAAUGAGGGGGUUGCACCUCCGGCCAUGACACGAAUCCCUCUUUCUCUCCACCCCCCGUCCGUCUCGUCCGUCCCGUCCAAUAGCCCAGACCCGAGAUUCGCUCCCACCAUCUUCGUCUCUUUCAUGCUGGCCAAGCCCUUGCACUCCACGAUAAGCACAAUACCGCUGCACCUAACUGGUUCACAUACCCUUGAUCCUGCCCACAUCGUGUAUCACACCCUGAUGACCUUACAUGCAUUCCUUUCCUUUUUCGUGAGGUCAAACUUUUUAUCGGCGUCGUUGUUGUUGGAGAUGCCGAGUUUAGGUCCGCCCCACUUAUUGACCGAUUAUUGCCGGCGUGGCCGGAACCGUUCCGGCCUCUUGGCACACGGACCCGGACUCUUUUUUCCCCCCUUCGACUGA